AUGCUAAUCGGCUGUGGUGCAGAUGCUUGCCUUGUCGUCAGCAUAAGGAAAAAUGUACUUCUGCACCCUUCUCAUGGCCAAGCCUGGGUCUUUCCUCGUCUUUUCACACAAAUUGACAUAACUCGAAAGGCGGAGGCGGCAAUCCCUGUGCUCGUUGUAAAGAGCGCAAAAGAUCGUGCGGCUUCGACAGUGCAGACAGCCGACAAGUAUCGAGAUUACGACAUGAUUCCUCGGAGUGAGGAUGGAGAGCUUUCAGAACGGCAUGCCAAGGAGCUUCAAAUGAAGCGAAUUAUCACACACUUCUUGGGCGACGUCUCAUUUGAAUCGAAUGCACUCCAGAAACUUGCAGAUGCUUUAGAUCAGGGGCGGGGACAGGAGCAAUCGGAUAAUGAUGCAAACGAUUCUGCCCUACGAGAUCAUUACUCCGUCGACAUGCUCUCAACUAGCACAAUGCAUUAUUCGGGAGAGUUAUCCCAUUGGAACUUUUCCAAAAUGCUUGAGCGGCGACUACGAACUCUUGGGAAAUUGACACAAGAUGGGGCCUCUGCCCACGCGACGGGUUUCUUUCGAGCCACUGACUUGCAUUCAUCUGGAUCUUGUAUUGCUCUUGCCAAGUCAUAUUUCCCGCCAAAACGUAUCGCGGAGUUUUUGACCAAUGCCUUCAUGAAAUUCAGUCAAACAAACUACUUUUACUUUGAUGAAGCUACCUUCCGUGAAAAAUUGGACUUCUAUUACAGCAAUACACGUCCACCAUCAAUCAACGAUGCAGGCUGGAUAUGUACCCUUCUCAUGACUUUCGCGGUUGGCACGCAGUUUGCGUCCAAUUCAACACCUAGUGGCGCGACCUCUGCUACUGAAAGUAUAUCUGAUGACCAAAUUGGGGUGGAACUUUAUCGGUUUUCAUGUCGACUUAUCCCUGAUCUUAUUACAGUUGCAAGUGUGGAGACUGUUCAGGCAUUCUUGCUGAUGGGUGUGUAUACCAUGCCGAUCGACACAGCAGGUCUAGCAUACGUAUACUAUGGCCUAGCAAUCAAGAUGGCAAUUCAGAAUGGCAUGCACCGCAAGCUACCAGAGGGAACCUUAGCCCCGGAGAUUGCCGAGGUGCGAAAUCGCCUUUGGUGGUCUGCAUACUCGUUGGAACGUCGAAUCGGUAUUCUACAUGGCCAGCCUGUGUCCGUUUCCCCUGCUGAGAUCGAUGCCCCAAUGCCCUUCGACUUGCCCGCCCUGCGACCGAGCGACCAAUUGACCAAUCUACCCAACUUCAUCGCUGCCAUCGUCUUGACAGAUCACCUGUCGAAAGCCUCCGAGGCGAUGAAGUCUCUUCGGCGUUGCCCGAAAGCCAGGAAGAAGCAUUUCCUUCGACAACUUGCUGCCACGCGCGAUGAACUAAUCUCAUGGUGGGAUAGCCUUUCCACUGAGACUUACUGCCGUGAUCUCACAGUUACUGGGCCGUUCUUUCGUUGCAACAUCCACCUUGAGAUAUAUUUUAAGACGACUCUGAUAUACAUGGGCCGUCCCUUCAUCAUAUCUCAGGUAUCGUCUGGAAUGCUUGACUCGGUCGACAGUGCCAGGACACAUGGAAUCCCUGAUAUCGUCAACAUUCUCCGCCACGACUCACUCCAUGCGGCGCUCAGAGUAGUUGAGCUAUGCCAGCUCUUACAAGACACUGUCGGUCUUGCACGUGUCUCUUACACUGAGUUCAAUGGAUGUCGUGUUGCUUUACUGGCAUUGAUCGCCCACAGCAUCAACGGGCCAUCAAGCAGUAUAUCCAGAACUUUGAACCAAGGCAUGGCACUUAUUCGGCAAAUCUGCACGGGGUUGGAAUCCGCCCAAUCCGAAAUAGCCGUCAUCGAAGCGCUUGAACGGGCCAGGCAGCGGUUGCACAAUCAUUCAGUCGCUGAGCAGAGUGGGUCGACAGAGUCUACAACAGGCUAUGACCAAUUCAGAGAAUGGACAAAACUCUGGCGAGGUGAUUUGCUGGAGGGAGGUGAUGUCGAUGUCUCGAGUGGCCAGGACAUCUCGUUUGACCCACACUCUCCAAACUCCAUCCCUUCCUUUGAUGGAUUCUUCUCAUCUUUUCCGAAUGAACUCAGUGAAUUUACCGCUAUUCCGGGGCUAGACUACAAUCUGCCUCUUGGCCAGGACUGGCUACGGGAGCCCCAAGCCGAAGGCUCGGGAUGGCUAAUGGAUCCACCACUUUAA